AUGUCGGGAUUCCAAAUGAAGACGAUUCCAUCGACGGCAAGUCGAAUGGAUUUGUUACCUGGACAAUCGAAUGAACGUGUACCGAAAAAGAGAUCCUCGAAUAUACCUGCACAAUUACCUCCUGAACGUCGACAGAGUAGUCUUAAUACAAUUCGUCGUUCGAUUGGAAUUGUUCCACCAGAGGACAAUACCAAUGAAACUAUCAGAAAAACUUCUGUGGCUUGGCAAACAAUGUCACAGAAUUUAAAUCUUCAUUUGGAACAACAACGACGAAAAUCUGAACUAACAUCACGUCGUCUUCAAUCGAUCGUCGAUACAAAUCAACAACCCGAACAUGUAACAAUCUCGAUAGAUGAAGUCGAAGUUGUUCCAUCAGUCACUGUUAAACCUCAUCGUCCAAGUGAUGCUGGAUCGAUGAUUGAUUUCGAUAAAGAGAAACUCGACGAUUUAUCAACAUUGAAAACAGAUGUUCAUGUCGUUCCGAUGGAAACGCUGGUAGAACGAUUCGAAAGUAAUUUACAAAGUGGAUUAACCGAUGAUACUGUUCGACAACAUCAGAGUAAAUAUGGACAAAAUAGAUUAACACCACCACCGAAGCCAAGUCUUAUAUGGAUGUUUUUCAAGCAGAUUCUUGUUGGUUUCAACGGAAUUCUCUGGGUUGCUACACUUUUUGCCUUUCUUAGUUAUAAACCAUUUGGUGACCCGGAUCCUGAUGUGACCAAUUUAGGUCUAGGUGUUGUUCUUGUUCUCGUCAUUUUCUCCAAUGGUAUAUUUAAUUUUUAUCAAGAAGUAAAAUCCAUGAAGAUCGUUGCAUCGUUUUCUCAUCUGCAACCGACAAUAACCACAGUUAAACGAAAUGGCAUGGAAAUGCAGAUCAAUGCUGAAGAACUUGUGCCUGGAGAUAUCGUUCGUAUUAACAUGGGUCAAAAAGUUCCUGCAGAUUGCCGAUUGAUCACUUGUGAUGAUCUACAAGUGAACACAUCAGAAUUAACCGGAGAAUCCGAGCCCGUCAACUGCACUGUUAAAUGUACAAAUCUGAACUUUAUGGAAACGACAAAUCUCGUUUUUUAUCCAUCAUUGAUCGUGCAAGGUACUGCGAAUGCUAUCGUCGUGAACAUCGGCGACGAGACUGUACUUGGACAGGUUGGAAAAUUAACACGAGGAGCUGAAGGUUCGAACAUAACUGGUCUCCAUCGUGAAAUCAAUCGCUUUGUCUUAUUCGUUAUUUGUGCAGCACUAACUUCAGUCAUUCUGAUUUGGAUUACAUGGGCAGCUUGGCUGAAUGUUAAACAGAAUGGGUAUAUCACUCUCAAUGGUAAUAUUGUGAAUUCCAUUGGAAUGGUCGUUGCUUUUAUUCCAGAAGGUUUACCCGCUGCUGUAACUCUUGUAUUAACUAUUGUUGCAAAACGAAUGUACAAACAAAAAGUACUUGUGAAAAGUUUAGCAACUGUCGAAACGUUCAAUUUCGUUUCGGUCAUUGCAACGGACAAGACAGGAACGUUGACAAUGAAUCAAAUGACAAUUACUGCACUACUUUGGGGGAAGCUAGGAGAAUAUAUGGUCCCAAUCCAUCGCUCUGAAGAAGAAACAACGACAACAGAUGAAGAACGUGUCAUUGAUCGGAAACGACCAUCAUUACAUCCGAAUGCGAAAUCAAAUGCUUUGAAAGAUUUACUUCUCGGCGCGUGCCUUUGUAAUAACGCUGUAUUUCAAUCAACUUCGAAAACAUCGGAAGAAGACGAAGAUUCAAAUACGGAAACAGCUGAAGAAGCGAAUAAACUAGUAGGAGAUGCUGCUGAUGUCGCUCUUUAUCAUUUGAGUCAAGACAAAUGUUCGGUUGAUAUCGAACAAGUGAGAAGAGUCAAUCCGCGGAUAAACGUUCUUCCGUUCAAUUCGAAGAACAAAUUUAUGAUCACAGCGAAUCUUCUUGAACAAAAUUUAAUAAAAAAUCCAGAUGAAAGUGUUCUCAUCACCCUUAAAGGCGCACCUGAUUUCGUCUUACCUCGAUGUACAACAUACAAACAGGAUGAUGGAGAUGAAGAGUCACCUAUGACAGAUGAAUUCAAACAAUCUAUUCAACAACGACAAGAAGCAUUAGGAAAAUCCGGUUAUCGAGUCAUUGCUAUGCUUCAACAAAGAGUAACUAAAGAUCAGUACGAUGCGAAUAUUAAUGAAUACAAGAAAUUCAAGAAACAAGCACAGACAGUAUCGGACGAACCUGAUUUGAACGGUUUACCGAGAAAUAACUAUUGUUUUAUCGGUAUGUUCUCUCUUCUCGAUCCAGCUCGUCCCGAAGUUCCCGACGCAGUUCUCAAAGCACGUCGAGCUCAAAUUCGUGUUGCUAUGGUUACCGGCGAUCAUCCCACAACAGCGGCAGCAAUUGCGAAGAAAGUGAACAUUUUAUCGAAAGAAAUUAGUCUGGAGAAUGGCAUUGAUACAUUUAAAGUCGAACGAAACAACCAAACAGGUGAAAUGUCUGCUCAUAUGAUGAGAAAUUCGAAAACAUUACUCGGAACUCAUUCAAUUGGAGAACUAACAACAAACAUCGAAGUUAAAGGUGUUAGUACUGAGGAAGAGAAGAAGAAAAAACCAAGUUUAUUCCAACGAAUUCGAUUCUACUUCUCCGAUCCAAAUCAAGUAAAAGAUGUAGAAAAAAUCCCACUCAUUCCCUACGGAGUCGUCGUCGCCGGUGGAGAUAUUCACUCAAUGGAUGAUUAUAUGUGGGAUUGGGUUUUGUCACAUCAAGAACUAGUGUUUGCACGGACAUCACCGGAACAAAAAUUACGUAUUGUCAUGGAAUUCACUAAGCGUGGUGAAAUCGUUGCAGUGACGGGUGAUGGAACAAACGAUGCACCUGCAUUGAAACAAGCAGAUUUAGGUGUGGCGAUGGCUGCAGGUACGGAUGUCGCUCGAGAAGCAGGUGAUAUGAUUCUAUUGGAUAAUAAUUUUUCAUCGAUUAUCAAAGCCAUCGAAACAGGACGAUUAUUAAGCGAUAAUUUGAAGAAAGUCGCCAUUUACUUAUUACCCGGAGGUUCUUGGUCGGAAGUCCUUCCUGUUUUCUUCACAAUCUGGCUUGGCAUUCCACUAUCAUUAUCUGCCUUUCUGGCUAUUAUCUUUUGUAUGUUGAACGAUGUUGUCAACGCAUUAGCCAUGGUUUCAGAGAAAGCUGAACGGGAUAUAAUGUCUCGUCCGCCGGCGAUUCGCCAAAAAACUCACUUACUAGACUGGAAAUUGCUUUUCCAUGCUUAUCUCAUCGUUGGAAACAUCGAAUGUUUCUCCGCUUUUUUUUGCUUCUUCUGGUAUCAUUCAUCACAAGGUUUGUUUAACAGUCUUUCAACAGUUAGCAUUCUGAUAGAACUCUCUGAUGCUUUAGGUAUUUCAGUGAAUAAGAUCUUUUUCACCUAUGCGGAUUACACUAACAAUCCCCCGGCAAAUAAAACUGUUGACGAUCUUGCAUUAAUUCAACAAAAUGGUCAAUGUAUUUACUAUGUUGCUCUAUGUAUCAUGCAAUUCUUCAAUUUACUUACAUCACGGACACGAUACGUUUCAUUUUUCCAACAUAAUCCUUUCUACGGUAAAGGAAAAAAUCUAACGGUGAUAUUUGGUAUUCUCUUUUCGACGUGUGUUGGUCUGGUUAUCACACUCAUUCCAUGGCUUAAUCAUGUAUUUAAAACUCAUCCUGUACCUGUGCGGUUCGUUUGUCCAGCGUUAGGAUUUGGUACAGCAUUGUUUCUACUUGAUGAAUUGCGAAAAUACCUUGUUCGACGGUUUCCGAACUCUUUCCUAGCUAAAAUGGCUUGGUAG